AUGCACGUUAAUUCGAUAGUUCGAAACUAUCGAUUCCUCAUCGGGGCAUUAACUGCGUUAAUGCUAAUUCUGUUGCUCAGAUCUUCUGUAUCUUCGUCGACGGGAUCGUUGGCGAACUCGAGUCGUUUGGAAACACCAGAUGGAGUGCAUGUGCCCAAUCCAUCUACGCCAAUGGAACACCAACAACAGGAAUACGUGCCCAAGGCAGUUAGCAGCCAGAAAGCUGAAGACAGUACAACUACUGGUAAGACAAAGGCUGAUUCUGCUUCUAAGAGUGGUAAAUGUUCAGAGGACCAUAAAUAUGUUGUUAUGAUCGAUGCUGGUUCCACUGGUAGUCGUGUUCACGUGUAUGAGUUUGAUGUUUGCACCCAGCCUCCAACUUUAAUUAAUGAGACGUUUGAGAUGUUGAAACCCGGUUUGUCAAGCUUUGAUACUAAUGCGAUUGGUGCUGCAGAGUCGCUCGAUCCAUUACUAGAGGUUGCUAUGGAAGCAGUUCCAAAGAGCAAAAGAAGUUGCACGCCGGUUGCGGUGAAGGCUACUGCUGGUUUGAGAUUGUUGGGAGAAGAAAAGUCAUCUAACAUCUUGAAGCAGGUCCGCAAGCGUUUGGAGGAAAAGUACCCAUUCCCUGUGGUGGAAGGUAACGGUGUAUCCAUUAUGAACGGUGAAGAAGAAGGUGUCUUUGCCUGGGUUACUGCUAACUAUUUAUUAGGAAACAUUGGAGCUGGUUCUAAACUACCAACUGCUGCUGUGUUUGACUUGGGUGGUGGUUCUACGCAGAUUGUUUUCGAGCCAAACUUCCCUCCUAAUGAGAAAAUGGUUGAUGGAGAACAUAAGUACGAACUACAGUUUGGUGGUCACACUUACACGUUGUAUCAAUUCUCUCACCUUGGCUACGGUUUAAUGCAAGGUAGAAACAGAAUCAAUUCGGUAUUGGUUGAAACUGCCAUUAAGGAUGGUAAGAUUGAAAAGGGACAAACCGCAAAGACUCACGAGCUAAUCUCACCAUGCUUGCCUCCUGGACAGGUUGCUAAGAACGAAAAAGUGAAACUGUCUAGUAAUGAAAUUUACACUGUCACUUUCAAGGGCCCCUCAGUCCCAGCUGGUCCACAGUGUAGAUUCCUUGCUGACAAGAUCUUGAACAAGGACGCAGAAUGUAAGACACCUCCUUGUUCUUUCAAUGGUGUUCACCAACCUUCCUUAGUUCACACCUUUAAGGAAACUAAUGACCUCUACGUUUUCUCUUACUUCUACGAUAGAACACAACCUCUUGGCUUGCCAUUGUCAUUUACCCUACAGGAGUUGCAAGACUUAGCAAGAACUGUGUGUAAUGGCGAGGAUGUAUGGAAGAGUGUUUUCAGUGGCAUUGAGGACUCGAUAGACCAACUAAGUAAGGAGCCUCAAUGGUGUUUGGAUCUCUCAUUCCAAGUUUCCUUGUUGCAUACUGGCUAUGACAUUCCUCUACACAGAGAAUUGAGAACAGCAAAAACUAUAGCAAAUAACGAAUUGGGUUGGUGUUUAGGUGCAUCGCUCCCAUUACUCGAAUCUGACAACUGGACUUGCAGAGUUUCCGAAGUCCAAUAG